AUGGAAGCGGCUGCUGAGGAGAAUGUGCCUGUGGCUGAGGAAGUGGAGCAAACUGUGGACUCGGAGAGCGUGCUGACGAGAUCUGUGGAAACUGAAGUCUCUGGUGCCCUGGAGGAAGGUCGGCUGAAGGAUCCGCUUGGUGGGGCAACUGACGCAGACCAGCGGGCUGCUGUCAGAGAGAGACUUCGGGAUCUUGGAUCCAAAUCCAAAGGAGCGUCUGAAGGAGCAGCUCUGACCGGCACCCUGAGCAGCAGCAGGAGCAGCAGCACCAGCAACAGGACGGAGGUAGCUGGCCUGACCUCAGAAGGUGAGUCGCGUUCACCAGGUGGCGCCGCGGAAGAAAGCAUGUUCGACUCUGGCACGGAAUCCGGAGACGACCACGACGCCUUCGUCGACCCCGGCAUCAUCCGCGACGCCGUGGCGGCCCUCUCUCGUCUCCGCGCCGCCCUCUCUGUGUCUCGCGCCCCACGCGCCACCGAGCUUCUCGGCCUCGUCGACCGCCUCUCGUCCGCCCUCCGCCCCGCGCCGCCGUCGUUUGACUUCACCCUGGGCUACAUGCCGAGCCACUCCAAGUCGAUGGACUCUGUGUUUCUCGCGGCACAGAUGGCCGGCGCCACGAGUCAUCAUUCGCCGCCGUUGCAACAACAACAUCAACAACAACAUCAUCAUCAUCAGCCGACACCGCCGCCGACGCACCCGCGACUAACUCAGUUUCCGCCACCCGUGGUGAAGGUGGCCGGCGAAGACAAGCGGUUCGCGGGCGCCUGGCUCCCGCGGAACGCUCUGGCGCCGGCCAACUUGCCGCGAGGGCGGUCGCGAUCUCCCAAACCCGUGGCUGCUGCUGCUGCUGCUGGUGGCGGCGGUGUGGGGUCGUCGAUGAUGACGAUGCCGUCGACGAGUAACCCGAUGCCGUCGUCUUCGUCGUCGCCGUCGCCGCAACAGCGGGCGUUUGAGGCGACGAUGGACGCGCGGAUGGCGGAGCAGAAGCAGCGGGCGUUGAAGGCGUUCCUCGCCAAGCCCAUGUUGCGGCGGAACACGAUCGACCAGGAGUUUGACGCCCUGGCGGACACUGCCAUCAAGGAGUGUCCCGCCGCCGGCGACGUGUUUGAGAAGAAGCUGACCAAGGCCAAGUCGUUGGACGCCGGCGUGUUGCCGCCGCCGCCGCCUGGGUUGUAUGAUUUGAGCGCGGCGUAUGCGCGCUUCAUCCGACUCGGGGGUAAAGAUGGCCAUCUCAUCUUUGCCGCACUUUCAGUGGUCAAUCUGGUCGCAAUCGCUCAGCCAGUGCCACCGAAACCCCACCUGGCACCCUUGACUUUGCCCUGUCACUGGCCUUUUGUCCCCUUUAAUCCUGGUGUGAUUCGCUGUCUCGAUGUGCCUAGAGGAUCCCCCGGGGGUGCUGAUCCAUCUUCUUUCUUCUCUUCUGUGGUCUUUGUUGAAGGAUCCCCGGCCAAGAAGGAGGUGGCUGAGAAAACCCUCGUUAGUCCUGAUGGGCGCAGUCUGACCAAGAUCACAACGGAAACCGUGAAAAGUGAACCUUCGCCCGGGACAACCUUCACGAAAACGUCACGUGUUGUGGAGACCAGGACGACCUAUGGUGGGAAAGAUGUGAAGCCUGUGUCCCCGUUUGACAAGUUCAGGCAAAUGGAUGCUGCCAGUGGAGGCAACAGAAGUGGAUCAGCUACUAAAACCGGCACUCCGGCAUUCAAGCUGGACCCUGGGCUUAGCCGCUCUGCUUCCUCCAUUAAGGAUAUGUUACUGCAGUGGUGCCAGGCAAAGACUAGGGCCUACGAGAAUGUCAAGAUCGAAAACUUCAGUGGGAGUUGGAGCGACGGAUUGGCGUUCUGCGCACUCAUCCACCGCCACUUCCCAGAUGCCUUCAAUUUUGAGGAACUAAGUCCCCAGAACAGACGUCAGAACUUUGAGCUGGCCUUCAGAAUUGCCGAGGAGAAGGGAGGAAUUGCACCUUUGCUGGAAGUGGACGACAUGGUGCGAAUGGCUAGGCCGGAUUGGAAGUGCGUUUUCACCUAUGUGCAGAGCAUUUACAGCGCCCUACGGAAGCUGCAGAUGACAUAAUGCGCGCCAGAGGGCGCUGCACUUUUAAGUUAUUACUCUCUCGCACUUCGGCUUACGUUUCCGGCAUUUUGAUUUUUUUUAUCGUAUCACGCUUCUCCGUCCGGCCCAUUAACCCAGUGUACAUAGGACACUUAAUCAUUUUUCUGCAACUUUGUGGAUGCCCCUUAUUGGGGCUUCAGAAGGGAAUCUUUUUUUGCUGGGUUUUAUUUCCUUGAAUUGAAUUUGAAAUGCUAACCAGUGACUGCUGGAGGAAAGUUUUGUGACUUAUUUUCUGCUUUUUUGGAUCUUGCAUUAAAGGAUGUAUGGAGGGACUACGCUUUCAAA